GGUAGCACAAAGCGCAACUCGUGGAUUUGAAUUCGAUUUUGAGAAAUAAGUCGUGAAUUUGCCACGAAAGCAAUAGCCACUCGACCCAAUACGACGGUAUGCCUAAAGAUCGUGCUCAUGGUCAAAAGCGACCGGCAAAAGAUGAUAGGCCGCCCUGCAAAUAUGGAUCCAAAUGUUAUCGCAAAAGCACCGAUCACAAGAAAAAUUUUAGGCACCCGGAGAUGGGGCUGCAGCGUGACGCCGGGGUUUCUCAAGACGCACCACCGGUCGACGAUAAGGUGCCAGAGAAACCAACAGGCGAGGACAGCAGUCUUCCCGACUCGCCGGGUGACGUGCGGGAAUCAAUUAAACAAAAGUUCUUGGUGGAAAUGCCUGAAGACUUUUAUGAUUUCUGGGACUUCUGCUGUUCCCUGAAGAAGGAGAGCCCUUCAGAUGCACUUUACGAGUUGCUUCAUUUGAGGCUUGUUGGCCCCUUUGACGUACUGGCUGGGAAACUCACGAAUAAGAAGGCUAGCAUGUCUGAUGACUUUCUCUGUCAUUGGCGUUACUUUUACGAUCCUCCUGAGAUGCAGACUGUCCUUAGUGGAGAUGACGAGACAAUGUACCACAUUGGUUAUUUCAGGGAUGACCCAGAGGAGAUGCCUGUAUUCCUAGCAUCAAAUGUUGCAUCAGAAGGCUGCAAAAUUGUUAAAGUAGCUGGAAACCUGUUUGCUGUGCUCAGCAAAGAGAUUUCCAAAGCCCUGAAGAAGUGUGACAACCCUCAGGCUAAGCUACGCAAGCUCAACGGCGCACUGGUGGAGUUUGCUGAAAAGAAGGGCCACUCACUGCUGGAGUCUUCCAAGGAGCGACCCAAGCCACAGAGCGCUACUUUCCAUGGGGCUGGACUGGUGGUUCCCUACGACAGCAAAAUGGGCGUCGGCUAUCGCAAGUUGCCCCUUUCAGACACUGAUCUAAAGAAACUUCUGGCUAAAUUCUCCGAUGACCGUGAGGAAGGAGCUCACAAAGACAGACUGCAGGAACUUGUGACAUGGAUCCACAUUGCCAAUGACGAAUGCGACUAUGGCAUGGGUCUCGAGUUCAGCAUUGCCCUCUUCUGUGCCGGCCAUGCCAGUCUUCACCCCAGCGUCAACAUGUUGGGUGGACUUGCCUAUAAGCUUCUCAGGCGUGAACCAUUUGCUCGCAUUCUUAGUGCCCACCUGAAGCGACGAAAUAAAUCCCCAUAUGUUCUUGGCUAAAGCAA